CGAUUUCAUUCGACGGCUUGCGUAUCAAAAAGCAACACGUGAAUUUUCGCGCGCGAAACGAUUAGUUAUGGACAAAAACACCGGCGUUUUCCUGCUGUCAAUUUCCCUUUUCCUGGUGAUCGGCCGCAUCGUCCAGGCCGAUGAAAACUCUUACAAUUUCUAUUACAUGCAAAUAGGCCAAGCUACUCAAAACAAAGAUUUGUUUAAAAGGAGUUUAGAAACAAACGCGUCGAAAUGUUACCACAAAUACGACCGGAACUUCGGAUGCUUCGAUUUGAAUUACCCGUGGACGUCGGAACACAGACCUGUAUCGACGUUUCCCGAAGAAAUAGACAAAAUCGAACCGCAGUAUUUGCUGCAUACGCGAGGAAACAACCCAGUCCAGAUGCACCUUUCCGACGUUGGCAAGAAGCUUCCUCCUAAUUUGAAACCGAAGAACCCCAUCUACCUGAUCACGCACGGGUACAUAGAAAGCGGAAGCAUAUCAUGGAUUCACAACAUAGCAAGAGUGCUGCUGAGCCAAGAAGACUGCAACGUGAUCAUCAUCGAUUGGCAAAAGGGCUCGGGUCCUCCUUUCACCCAAGCAGUAGCGAACAUACGAUUGGUCGGCGCCAUAACAGCCCAUCUACUGGCGAGCAUCGCCAACCAAACCGGCACCCAGAAAUUAGACCACGUUCACGCCAUCGGUCACUCGCUGGGCGCGCACAUGUGCGGCUACAUCGGCUACACCCUCCAAGAGAAAUUCAACCUGACGAUGGGAAGGAUCAGCGGAUUGGAUCCGGCCGAGCCGCACUUCGCCAAAGCGGGUCCGCCGGUCCGUCUGGACCGCACGGCGGCCAAAUACGUGGACGUCAUCCACACGGACGCCAGCCAGUUCAUCAGAGGCGGGCUGGGCAUCGUCGAGAGCAUAGGCCACGUGGAUUACUACCCCAACGGCGGCACCGACCAGCCCGGAUGCACCAGCGGCCUGGCCCAGUACAUCAGAGACGCCAACGGGAGUUUCUUCAAUGGAAUGAAGAAGUAUUUGGGUUGCAAUCACAUUAGAAGCCACGAGUUUUAUUUGGAGAGCAUCACGUCGAAUCCACAGUGCAAGUUUCUAACGGUAUCUUGCCCAUCUUUUCAAGAUUUCACGUUAGGCAGGUGCUUCGGUUGCGGGAAAUCGAAAGAAAAUUGCAUACCCUUCGGUUUCCACGGCAGGAAACACUACGAAAAGCAUUUCGCAACUCGAUCAAAACAAACCAGCAGAAUUCAAUAUCUCAUAACCGGUGAAAACAAACCUUUUUGCAAACACCACUACCGGAUCGUGGUGCAAGUAUCGAAUUCGAACGUGUCCAAAAUCCACGGCGGCGAAGUGGGGCAGUUGUACUUCACUAUGCACAGCACGAGCAACGGCCGGGGGCGCAAAUCGACGCCGGUGGGCUUCGUGAGCGGCUUCCACGAGCCGGGGAGCCUCUACAUGGGCGUCGUGGCGACGGAUUCGGUGCCGCACCUGAGGGCGGUGGAGAUCGAGUGGAGGUUCAACAGCAGCUUGUUCAAUCCGCUGACGUGGAGGCUGUGGACGCAGCCCCAGAUUUACUUGAAGAAGAUCACCGUGGAAUCGUUGGAAAACGAAGAAAGCGUCACGGUUUGUCCGAAAUGGCAGAAGGCGCUGGUAAACGGCGUACCUCAGUUGAUGAUCCCAUCGUAUUGCAAAAUGUCUUAACUUAUUAAGCUUCAUCGAUUCAUUCCAUCACUCUUGUUAACCAUUCCAAUCAUUCGUUAUUAUUUUAAUUUAUUGUUAUUUUUGUAUGCAACGACAAUGCAAAAUGAAAUAUAGUUUAGAUUCUAUGUUAUCGAAGCGUUU